CAAUCAGUGCAAGGAAGUUUUGUAUAAAGUAGAUUUUACAGCUGUGGAUUUGCUGCUUGAUUGCUAAUAUGGAAAAGGUUUUCUCUCAUUGGGAUCUGUCAAAAUAUUUAUGAAUACAAGACCUUCCGAAGAAAGACCUUCCCAAUUUCCUAACAACUGCCCAGCAUAGAGCAUCUGCCUCUCAAUGUUAUUUUCAAAGAUUUGCCCCCACAUGGUCUUAGGAAUGUUCAUCACUGCUCGAAACCCCAGUAAUCAGAGAUAAAGGCCACAAAAUCCAUCACAAUAAAUCAUGUUGGGGAAAAAGCUGGUGACACAAAAACGAGGGGAGACCAGAGCACUCUGCCUGGGCUUGGGAAUGGUAGCAUGCUCAGUGAUGAUGUAUUUCUUUGUUGAGAUCACCAUUGUACCAUUGUACAAUAGAAGUGUCUGGACCAAAGAAAGUGUAUGCAAACUGAUGAACGCGAGCAUCAAGGAAAAAGUCCACUGUUCAUACAAUGAAGGCUCUGGUGAUGAGAAUAUUUUUCACUAUCCUUGUCUGGAAGUCCACGUCAAUUUGACACUCUUUGGGCAGGUGGUAAUGCUCUAUCACACCGAGAAUACCAUGGACAGAAACCCCAAGUGCUCCUAUAUCCCCCCAAAUAUGGAAAGUGACAGUGAAGUUCAAAAGCAUGUGGAAACAAUAAGAGACAAUUUCAGAAAGAACGAGAUAUUGUCUUGUUAUUAUGACCCAUCAAGAAAAGAAGCCAGCGUCAUUUUAGAGAGAUUUUAUUCUCCAGAGGGCCUUUUCACCAUUUUUGUCUGGCCAGCGCUGAUGUUGAUUGGUGGAGUCCUGAUUAUCAUAAUGGUGAAAAUAAGUCAGUAUUUUUCUGUACUCUCUGCUUCACAAAACAGAACUGUUUUAUAGCAUAUCCCAACAUCUGCCUAUAUUUUAUGUAUACAUCUGAGGGAAACUAGAAACAAUUCUCAAGUUUACACUCUGUGGUUUAAUAAGACAGGGGGGCAAAGGGGGACACAGAUAAGAUUCACAGUUGGGAGCCAUCCUGAUGAUACUUCUUGAGACUCAUCAUUAUGUUUAAUUGCAGAGGGAUCUUUUGUUCCUGUUUUUGGUUCUAUAUAAUAUAAUAAAUAUAUUACAUUAAAUUAUAUUAGGUCAGAAAUCUGGGCAAGGAAAGCAGCUAUAUUUUCACAUGCACAGUUACUGAAAUUGUGGAUCCUCAGAACAUGUUAGUGUUGUAUAAAAAACAGCUAUUAUCAUGGGCCAACUCAGCACAGAUGUGCAUGUAAGCAGGUGCCCAAGUCAUUCAUUGUAUCCUGUAAAGGCUAAUUAGACAAAAAAUAAGAAGCUAUUUCACAAAAUGUAGUAAGAGACAAAAGAAAUUUCUUCUCCUAUCAUGCCUGCUCCCAAAAAGCCCAAAAAUGAAUUUUGUAUGUCAAGUGACCAACCAAAUGUUGGGAAGUGGCCAUCCUUUAUUUUGCUACAGCCAAAUAUAUUAUCAAACAGUGCUGCAUAGUGACCUUUUUUGUUUGUAUCACUGAGUUAUCCAGUAGGAAAGGCGGAGUCAAUGUUCCCAUCAGUGCAUGCACACUAUUCCUUAUUUAGCUGCUGAAUGUGUUUCAUCUGCUACCUCUUAAAAUUCAUACUUAUUUUGGACUCAUCUGGGGGUUCCAGGACAAAAGUCAAGAAAGUCCAGGGCAUUUUUUAAAGGAAUUGUUACUGGGGGUCCAUGUUUUCAUUCAAAUACCUUGCAUGUGGAAGCCUCCCUACUAUGUGCAAGCCCAGACAUUUGGAUCGAGGUGAAAGUGGUUUAAACGAACGGGGGGAAAGUGAGAGUAAAUAUAGCCCUGCAAUUGCAUUUACACAAGUUACUAGCCUCGCAAAUUUCUUACUAGCCCACCAACCCAUCAGUAAACGCAUGAACUAAAAAGCAAAUUAAACAUCUCUACAACUCUGAUUUCAGGACUUAAAACACAAAAAUAUAUUUGGGGAUUGUUUUCGUUUUGCAGUAAUUUAAAGGAAGUAUUUAAAAAACAGCAUAGUGCACAAUAAAAACUAAAAACACUGAAUCUUCUAAUGGCACAGCUUUAAGUUAAAAUAUUGUUCUGGUUUUAGACAGGACUGAAAAGAAAAUUUGUUACCUCCUUUUUAUAUCUUGUAGUAAAAGAGCAAUGCUUUACCUUUCUGCAAAGGAGGGUUUCAUUUCCCUCCAGCAAACAUCUAUUUAGAACCCAAUCUGAAUUUGUGUUCUUGGUCCAUUGAUUAAAUUUUAUGUGUCCAUUUUGGUCCACUGGGUGUCCAAAAGCUAGGACUGGGUGUCCAUUUGGACACACAAAUAUUGCUCAAAAAUGCCUUGAGAAGGCCUGAAUAUCAUUCUAAACUAACAGUCCUGUACAUCUGCAUAACAUUGUCAGCUAUUAAUAAUAAUUUAUUACAAUACUUCAGAAGUCAUCUGUUCGAAACAAUGCACAUGAAUUUAGCAAAUAGCUAAAGUCUGCAAAAUCCUAUGCAGACUUACAUAGGACUAAGAAAAUCCCAUCAAAUUAAGUAGGACUUGUUUCCAGAUAAACACCCACAGAUUGCAUUGUUUAACCUCUGUUUGUUCCACUGCAGUCUGGAAGUGACAAUGAAGAUAAGAAUACACUAAGGCAUUUUGCAAAUCAUGCACUUUGCAUUGCAAAAAAACAAGUGAAAAGAAAAGGCAAUCCAUGGGCAUCCAUGCAAAAGGGUUAGCAGACAAAGCGUGGAAUCUUGGGAUUGUACUGGAGAACCCACUAACUAGCAUUUCCAUAAAACAUCUUUACUGCUUUAAUGAAGAUUUACCAACAAAAAAUUGUCAUGGCAGAAGUGGGGGGGGGAGUUUGUAAGUCAUUCUUUCUUAUUAUUGCGCAUUAGUCAUCACUGCUUCUUUUCCCUGAUGUGUAGCUUCAGCACCAUUUUUAAAAAAAUAUAGGCAUCUGCGGUCAAACAGGACCACAUAAGCCAGGGGUGGGGAAACUAUGGCCCUCCAGAUGUUGGACUACAACUCUCAUCGGCUCCAGCCAUCAUGGACAAUGGGAGGUAGAGUCCAGCAACAUAGUCCAGGACUACAGAUUCUCCUUCCCUGACAUAGGCAACAAGAUGAUGCCGUAUCAGCAUUAAGACAAAUCAGGUUUCGCUACAGUAGUAAAACUUUAUCACAUUAUCCCCCAUUAGGCACUGUGUGUACAUGUGUGUUAAUAUGUAGGCAAUCACACUAACACUGAAUCCUUCCUAUCCUUGCCCUCCUCCAUGAAUAUGAGAGCAAAAGGUAUGAAGUGAAGAUCCUCAUGUACUCAACUCACAGAAACUCCCCACAUAUUUUAAAACUCUGGAAAAUCAUGCCCUUAAGAUGUGGGGAACUUAUAUAAAACAGGGUGAUCCCACUUCACAUGCUUGUCCUAUAACUCAGGGAGAGCAACAGGGAUGGUGAGAAGGGUGGGUAGGUAGGUGCAGCUAGCAUAUUCAUUCCCACACAAUCUCUCACCAAAACAUAAUGCCUGAAGAGGCCUAGGGAGGGCAAUUCUGCCUUACACCUAAUGGACAAAUAUUCUUUGUAUGGAAUUUAAACAUUUUAUGGACAUCGCUUAGAAAUUCUGAAUAUUAGGUGCUAUAUAAAUAACUUUCGGCACUUAUGAUAUGGCUACAUCCCAAUUCCAAAGGAAGGGGAUCCCAGGGAAAGCAGUAAUUAUCAAACUAUCCCAUGCAAGUAAAGUAAUGCUCAACAUUCUACAACAAAGGCUCUUACCAUAUGUGGAGCGAGAAAUGCCAGACAUCCAAGCUAGAUUUAGAAAGGGAGGAGGCACCAGAUAUCAUAUUGCAAACAUACGUUGGAUAAUGGAACAGACCAAGGAAUUUCAGAAGAAAAUCACCCUAUGCUUUAUAGAUUACAGCAAAGCCUUUGAUUGUGUAGAUCAUGAAAAACUAUGGAAAGCUUUAAAAGAAAUGGGGGUGCCACAGUAUCUGAUUGUCCCGAUGCACAACCUAUACUUUGGACAAGAGGCUACUGUAAGGACAGAAUAUGGAGAAACUGAAUGGUUCCCCAUCGGAAAGGGUAUGAGACAGGGGUGUAUUUUAUCAUCCUAUUUGUUUAAUCUAUAUGCAGAACGUAUCAUACGGAAUGCAGGAUUGGACCAAGAUGAAGGAGAUAUGAAAAUUGGAGGGAGAAAUAUCAAUAAUUUAAGAUAUGCAGAUGACACUAUACUACUAGCAGAAACCAGUAAUGAUUUGAAACGAAUGCUGAUGAAAAUUAAAGAGGAAAGCACAAAAGCAGGACUACAGCUGAACGUCAAGAAGUCUAAAGUAAUAACAAAAGAUUUACGUAACUUUAAAGUUGACAAUGAGGACAUUGAACUUGUCAAAGAUUAUCAAUACCUCGGCACAGUCAUUAACCAAAAUGGAGACAAUAGUCAAGAAAUCAGAAAAAGGCUAGGACUGGGGAGGGCAGCUAUGAGAGAACUAGAAAAGGUCCUCAAAUGAAAAGAUGUAUCACUGAACACUAAAGUCAGGAUCAUUCAGACCAUGAUAUUCCUGAUCUCUAUUUAUGGAUGUGAAAGUUGGACAGUGAAAAAAGCAGAUAAGAGAAAAAUCAACUCAUUUGAAAUGUGGUGUUGGAGGAGAGCUUUGCGCAUACCAUAGACUGCAAAAAAGACAAAUAAUUGGGUGUGAGAACAAAUUAAACCAGAACUGUCACUAGAAGCUAAAAUGAUGAAACUGAGGUUAUCAUACUUUGGACACAUCAUGAGAAGACAUGAUUCACUAGAAAAGACCAUAAUGCUGGGAAACACAGAAGGGAGUAGAAAAAGAGGAAGGCCAAACAAGAGAUGGAUUGAUUCCCUAAAGGAAGUCACAGACCUGAACUUACAAGAUCUGAACAGGGUAGUUCUUGACAGAUGCUCUUGGAGGUCACUGAUUCAUAGGGUCGCCAUAAGUCAUAACCGACUUGAAGGCACAUAACAAUAUAAAUACCUGAAAUAAAUAAAUGGGCACUUGUAUAAGUUUCACACUUCACAAUCACCUUCUUAAAAAAAUCACCUGAAAAGGACAUGGGAGAUUUUACAGAAGAGUCUGAAGUUUUCCAUGCAGUGCACCCACUUGUUUCAGCUCAGCCAUAUUUCUCUCUCACCCCAUUUGUUACUACAGAAACAAAUGGAUGCCUAUGUACUCCAUUCUGUUAGCCCUUAAAGAAAGCACUUUUAACAGAUCUUUGUAUAAUCACAUCAUAUAUCAAUCAUUAAAACUUCAGGACUCACAGACACCAUAUUUGACAGUGUUGCACAGAGCAUGAUUUUCAAUUUGUGAGGGAUCAGCAGCACAGGGCAAAGCCACAUGAAACUACCACUGUACUACUCUAGAGUGUCUGAAAGACUCAAAAAAAGUCAUUGGGGAGAGGAUAAAUCCUUAUGUUUUAACAAAUCUGCAGACAGUAAAAUGCACACGUUUCAAUGAGAUUAUCCAAGAUGCAGUUUCUAUCUGUGUGGUUGUUUCACCAGCCUUGAAGCAAGCGCUAUAAGCAACUCAAUGUACUAGCAAAGUACCUUGAUGCACCUUGCAGCUAUUGUCAUUACCUGUGCAAUAAACUAAUGUUUAUAGCUUCAUUGCUCAGUGAACAACAGCUGUGUGUCCAUGUGCUGCCUAAAUUCCUAGCAAACAAACACACACACACGUCUCUUUUAAAAAGCAGAGUCUAAAUUCACCAAUAGGCAAAAAAUCUUGCAGUUUAAGAACAUACCUGUCCUUAAAGUUUGUAGGCCUGAACCCAGACUGGAAUGGGUCAAGAUAAUCUGUUUCAUCCAAGUGUACUUGCAAUUGCUGUGCCACAACUCUCUCAAUCAUCUUCCCUAAGAAGGGGGUAUUUGUGACCGGUCAAUAACGGUCACAAACCAAUGGGUCCAGGGUGGACAUUUUUAGGAGCAGUCGGAUUCACCACCUCUUUCAGGGUGCCUGGAACCACUCCCUCCUGCAAUGAUGCGUUGAACACACCCUGGAUCCAUUUGGUCAAACCCCCUCGGCAAGCUUUAAUAAGCCAAGAAGGGCAAGUGUGGAGAGGACACGUUGCUGGCUGCAUCCAUCACAAGCACCUUGUCCACGUCAUCAGGCCGCAUCAACUGAAAAUGUUCCCAAGAAGUUGCAGCAGACUUCGUACUGGACACUUCAUUAAGGACUACAGCAGAUGUGGAUGGGGCAUCUAGACUGCUAUAGAGGCAAGAAACUUUACCCUCAAAGUGCCUUGCAAACAAUUCACAGUGGGCAUCCAAAGGGUCUAAGACUCCAUUUCCUGGAGUUGAUGUCAACACACCCCUGACAAUAUGGAAAGCUCCACUGGAACGCUAUUUGAGGAUGUGAUGGAGGCAGAGAAGCAGGUCUUCUUCACCGCCCUCACCACCACACAGUAGACAGUUAUGUUUUACUUGUUCCCGAUCAGCACACCUUUCACCACUUGCACUCUAGCUGUCCUCUAGCUUCUUGCAUUGCCCUUAGCUCACUGAUGUACCAAGGUGCAAAUCGGGCUCUACAAUGCCGGGCAGGGCACUUGGGAGCAACCGUGUCAAGAGCCCGACAUGCCUCACUGUUCCACAGAGUGACAAGCGCUUCAACAGGGUCACCUGGGAACUUCCCCAGGACAUUCAGGAAUCCAGUGGAUUCGAUUAGUCUUCGGGGCAGACCAUCUUAAUCUGUCCACCACCCCUGCAGGGAAGGAUCAGAGCCGUAAGUCUAAGCUUCACCACAAAGUGGUCUGACUAUGACAAUGGGGUGACAUCCAGCCCCUCAUCACCAGACCACCCCUUCCUUCAUCUGGAGCAAAAACCAAGUCGAGGGUGUGCCCUGCCCCAUGGUCACUGAAAUCACCCAGGGCUAUUUUAGUGAAGUUUCCUAUAGUAAAUCAUUCUCUUUUGCUUCUGUUUCUGUGAAUAUGUGAAGAAGCAACACUAAAGAAAAGGUCCAAAAAUAAUUGUGGAAUAAUGGCAUUAACGUUCUGCAGAAUAGUUUCCAGUGGACAUGAGUAGUGUCUCAGUUUCCACAAGAUAAAACAGUGGGAGGUGAAAUAUAUUCUAGCAAAAAUCUAGGUGUGCUCUAUUUUUAAUUUACUAUGCCCACCUUUCCUUAAGUGGAGUAGUUUAAGCAUAGCAGUCUGAAAACAUGCAUCUUGGGCAGGCCAAGUUUGUUUUUUUCCCAACAGCUACAGUCAUUGCUUAAGUAGCAACAUAUUGUAAUCAGUCUGAUUUUUCAUCAAACUGCAGUUUCAGAUUCAACUGUUAAUGUGCCCAAAAUAGAAAUAGAGCAUAACCUCCAGUAUGAAAUACAAAAGGCUGUCUUCACCAUCAUAUGACAUUGACCAAUAAAAAGAUUUUUAAAUUAAUAAAAAUAAAUUUGACACAGAUUUCUAGGAUGAAUAAUGAGAGAAAUAGAUUUUUCUAGGUUAGAUUCUCUGUAGAAACAGUAGUAACAUAGGAAAGAAGCAAAGUAAGAACAACAAAGGUACAAAAAUGUAACUCUCCAUCUUUGGAGAUGGCAGGGGUUGUCACCACUCACCAUAUGCUCAGAAGCACGUUACCAAAUUCUUCCAAGCUACACAAGAAGUGGAUUGGACUGUGAAAGACCAACCCAAAUUGUGUUUACAUUUUUACAAAUUUGUAGGGCAGUACAAUAUCUCAGAGAGGAGGUCAGGUCUCCUGCUCCCCUGGUGCAUUUACUAUAGCUGCACAAUUUCCCUGCUUUUUAGAGUUUAAUAGAUAUUUCUUUUGGAUAUAGGUUAGGUUAGGUUAUUGUUUAUUUAUAUACCACUUUUGGGCCAAAAGGACCCCAAAGUGUUGAACAACAUUAAAACAUAUUACAAAAAACAAAAAAUUACAUAAGAAAUAACGAGUAAAAAAUAUACAGGAAAAAUACAAUACCACAAAAACAAUGCAAACACGAUGCAUCAAGAUCAAUUCAACAAGAACAAAGUGAAAAACAUUUGCGACAAAAACAAUGUUUUCUCUGUUUUCAAAUGAUGCAUAGCAUAGUAUAGAUAGCAUAGAAGUUUAUUGCGGUCAUAGACCCAUAUUUAACAAAAAUGAAUACAAAUUACAAUUAAAAAAAGUUAAAAUCGGGGUCGAAGAUAAGGAACAAUUCACACAUCUUUGCUUAAUUAUACAAUAUAUACAAUACGUAUUAUUCACAGAGGAUAGUAGCACGUUUCUGCUGGGCAGCAUAUACAAACUUGGCAACCUGAAUAGUAAUAUAUUUGUCCAAACCAGAAAGGAGAGAGGCAAUCAUAACAUCAGAGGGUUUGUAUUGGGCAUUCAUCAUUAUGGGGUUUAAAAACUUAUUACGAAGCUGAGAAUAUAAAGGACAAGAAAGAAAACAACAGCCUGAUCAUUUCUUUCAAAUUGUUCCAGCAUCACACCCUGCUGGUUCUCAAAAAUAAGUGAAUAAAAUUAAAGAGCAAAGAUCACAGUUUAAUAUCAUAAUCGACAAGGUGUGUCCAAUAUUUCCAGAUUCACAGUUGCUGAAUUAACCAGCUGCUCUUUAAAACAUUGUGGGGGUUCUCAAUAAUCCUGGGUUCAGCUAUAGCUCAGGUAUUUGAUCUUCUUUUUGCGCGGCCACACACUGUGCACAGAAAAUCGCCUGUUGUGCCAGUGGCCUCGGUGGAUGGAAUUAUCUAUCUUUUUAUUAUUGCCGGUUAAGCAAUGCAAAUCAAAACAGCACACCAUUCAUGUUUAAUUACACUGGUAAUGCUCAUACGUCUUACAUGAUUAGCAGUCAGAAAGAAAGAUACAGCCACGUAUGAGUUGUUGCUUUCCCCAAAUAUCUAAAAGUUUAUUAUCAGAGCAACACCACCUCCUCCUCUGAGCAACUUCCAUGGCUUUAUUUCAGUGUUUUACAGUUGAGGGUAUAAGGUGUCAAGAAGCUCAAGAACAUUAUUUCACAGCUUCAACGUGUGAAAAAACUAUAUAUUUAAUUGUUAUGAUCAAACAAGGUGACUGCUUCAAAAGGUGACAAAUUUCAUGACAUUUCCCUCACGCAGGAGGUUUUCAUGUAUAGAAACUGUGUGUAGAUUUACAGUAUGCAAUUAUCACAUACAUCUAUAUUUUAGUAAAGUUUACAGUGAACCAGAUACAACUGUGUAAUCAUUAAGAGCAACAAUAUACACAAGUACAGGUUUUAUGCCACUUCCUGAAUUUGAAUUUAAUUUUUUAAAUGCCACCACUCAUUGAAAUAGAUAAUCAAUAAAACUUACAAACACAUUAAAGUCAGGUAUUAAGGGUUGUAUCCAUUGCUAGUCCUAC